AAUGUUAGAAGAAGAUAAGUGGAUCUCUUCAACUCCAUUGACAGUGGUAGGAAGGAUGAACGUUGAAGAAGAGGUUGAACGACUUAAAGAAGAGAUCAAGCGACUCGGCGUACCCCAACAUGAUGGUUCUUACAAGGUAACAUUUGGAGUCCUGUUUAAUGAUGACAGAUGUGCCAACAUCUUUGAGGCGCUAGUUGGAACAUUAAGGGCUGCAAAGAAAAGGAAAUUCCUAACUUACGAUGGUGAGCUCCUCCUCCAAGGAGUUCAUGACAACGUCGAAAUCAUUCUCAAGCCACCACUUGCUGCUACCACUUCAUAAGGCAAUGCUCUGUACCUUUUUUAAUUAUUCUACUUUUUGAUUGGGAGUGUGUACAAGUUACUGGACAUGGCAAAUUAUUUUACCCGGGA